AUGAAGAGAUUACUUGUGGUAGCUGUUUGUGUCGUCUGUCUGUAUAUUGUAUUAGCUGUUUAUUCUAUUUCUGGUCGAGGACGAUCAUCGAUCCAGCCUACUGAGGUGGCCCUUAUACAGACAGAAGAAGUUCGUAUGGAAAACGAACCAACAACAAAGGCGAAGGUUGUUCACUUCCUCAAAGGUUUGAAUCAGACAGAAGAAGUUCAUAUGGAAAACGAACCAACAACAAAGGCAAAGGUUGUUCACUUCCUCAAAGGUUUGAAUCAACAUACAUGGACAAAGAAUUGUCAGAGAAGUCUCGAACAACUUUGCAAUUUCCCAAUCUUUCCGAAUGCACCAGAUUCGCGAAGCAUCGUAAAAAACGUCUACAUCACUUCAUCUGUAAAAGAUGUUGAUGGCAUUCGAUUACUGGGAUUUCUUCGGCCGAAUGUGACUGGCGAAUACCUUUUCACCGUUGCGUCAAAUGGAGUUGUCGAGGUUUGGCUGAGUAAAAGUAUUAGUUGGAAAGAUGGAGCGAAAGUCGCUCAUUAUCCAACAAAGCCUCAAGAAUCUUCUAAGCUCGGUGUGAAGUUGGCCGCCCAUUCUACAUACUACAUAGACAUAUUAUACGCACGUGGCUCAGAGAAUAACGACGGCGCUCAAAUUCAACUUUCAUGGAAGAGACCGGAUAAAAAUGCCUUUGAAGUUAUCGGUGGGCAGUAUUUCGCUCCCUACAAUAAUGACAGUGAUAAAGCUCAAAUGAAAGUUUACGACGACGAUUUGCCGGACGUUCUUGCUUGUGCAUCACUACGCCUUAAAUUUGCUAAUAAACAUAUGAAGUCAGAGACAACCAGCUACUUAGAAAGCGCAGCUGUAAGCAAGGCGUUAAACUUUUGUGAAUAUAAACCCAGUUAUCUUCUUGAUCCAGCAAACUUAGUUGGCUUUGGACAGUACCAUGGAGUUUAUAGACACGCUCACAAAACUUACAGCUUUCCGUAUUCAAAUGUCGAUGGAAUAGCUAGGAAUCCAGCGCCAGGACCAGCAUUUAUGGCUGAAAAUCCUUUAGAAGAACGAGAAGCACGGUCAAUAGUUGACAAAUACGUUGCUUCACUCGAGAAAAGUUACGCUGGGUAAGUCGUUUGCUUCAUAGAGAGUGUGUAUAUAGUCAAUACAGUAAUAGCCCGCGUAUAAGAACCUGAAUUUUUCAAUUUAGCCUAAAUAGGUUCUUAUAUAAAUGGUACUUAAAGCAAAUUUAGGCUACCGAGGUUCUUAAAAUAGGUUCUUAUAUUUUCAUAUGAAUUUCAUCUGAAUAUACUAUAUAUAUUAUAAAUAUCAUCUGAUAAUACAGUAUAAAUCAUUUAUUUGUACCGUUUAGGCAGUUCAGUGAAUACAGCAUAUGUCCUAGAUGAUGAUCUUAAUUCAGCAGUUUCUACCUAUACUUUUACCCCACUGAUAAGAACCUAACUUAAAAUUUUAGCCUAAAUAGGUUCUUAUGUGGAGAAAAUUUUAGCCUAACAGGUUCUUAAAACCCAGGUUCUUAUACGCGGGCUAUUACUGUAUAACCAGACGAUUUUGCAUGUAAGAUACUCAUAUGUAGUACCUUGGAACUAGAUCCACUACCUAUACAGCAGCUCUAUACUGCACUCAAAGUACAUCAGCUGUAUGCCACAGAAUUAUCCGGCGCUGUGGCUAUGAGCCCUGCAGCCGGGAGGGGUCUUAAAAAACUAAAUGCCCGGCAAUCAGAAAAUUUUCUAGUAUUUCUGCAAAAUCCCUUUACAUAAUCGCUUGAAAACAUGCUAUCUCCAUUAAGAAUAACCAAGCGAUCAGGAAAACAAAACUGGCUUCGCAGCUGAGCUGUUGUGGUUUCUUGGGAAUAGAGUAGAUGCAGUUUCGACGGCUGUAUUCACCCGCAAAGAUACAUGUACAUCGAAAUAGCAGUGGGUGACACAAGUAAUACAUGUUUACAGUCAUGACUACACGAAAUCUUAUUUAAUUCGUGUCCAAUGACCAAAGGUCGUUGAUAUGCAAAACCACGAAACAGCUUUAAUUACCACUUCUAAGAGUUUAGGGACGGACCAUCAGAAAAGUUAUGGGGGGAUGGGGAAUGUUUGAGCCGCAGGAAUUUUUUUUUCGUUAUCAAAUACACCGAAUGCAAAUAUGGCUGACGUCUCGGCCGGCCCGGGUCUCGGUGCGCGAAAGUGAAGCUAGUGAGGCCUCAAGAGUUUUGUUCUGACUGCGCGUCUUAGCGAUUGAGUCGAUCGAUAUGGUUUGCUUCGAGUUGUUGCGUGCCUGAGCACCACCAAAAAGGAGAUUUUACUCUAGCUGGAACUGCCUUAACUUUCCCGAGAUCUUUUCACAAAGAAUGUAAUGGAUUCAUGCGAUUUGGCGCGGCCAUGGGAAGCACUUUACAGCGAAAACGAAAGUGUACUCGCUUUACUUGCUUUAGAAGAGAGGACUCACGAAAGUAUUUGAAUGAAAGAAUUUUCGAAAGAGAUGUUACUGUUCUAUGAUGUUUGCAUUGUCUGUUAUUUACCAAACAAAAGGUAAACAUUCUAGAGAACGGGAGCAUCCACUUUCGACUUUAAGAUCUGUUAGAUUUCGCGCUGGAAACAGCUGCAUUAACAUUAGUGACGUGUGUGAAACACAACAAUAACAAUUGGCUGUUAACCGUGGAAGCGUGGCCCGUGAAAGCAUGUAAGAACCAGAAGAAAGCGACAUGUUUGAAGAACAGUUCUUUUAUCAAAGUGCACUGAAAAAACUAAGGAAUUGUCGCGAACUAAGAACGUAAGAAGAAGGAAAAAAUUCUGGCAGGGAAAGAGCGUGCAAGGUCGUGCAAGUAUUCGAGCAUUGUAUUUGCCCUUGGGCGUGAUCUAUUUUAGCAACUUGUCGAAAGGUUUCGAGAUAAACUAAUAGUGUUUUUCAAAAAAUUUCUUCUUUUAUCUACCUCAAUUUUACCGGCCAAUAGGCCAAACUUGUUUCGCAACAAGGGACGAAAAGCUACGGAAAAAGGGCAAGAAAAAUGUGCAACUUGUUUUGCUACAUUACUCAAGUGCAGAACGAGUUGAAAAGCGAUGUUGUACGUUUAACCUCCCACAAAUUAAACACAAAUCAGGUUGCUGCAAGUUGCAGAGACUAAAAGGAAUAGUUCUAUUUUUCGCAACAACCUUUAACAACGUGCAUAAAAUUAAUUUGUUUCAAGAAAGGUUUACGUUAAUUCGUGAAUAGGUAAAACGUGCAACGUCCCCUUCAGUUCGUCUUUCAGUGAUGUUGCAAAGCAAGUCUGAGUUGCACGUUUUUGUUCCCCGUUUUACCGUAACUUCAGCAAAGAAAAAGCCAUGUUGCUCGUUUUACCAGACCCACGUUCAUGCCCUUCUUGCAACAAAUCAGGUUGUUCCAAGUUGCGUGAAUACUGACAUCUAAUUGGAUAAAUAAAGCGCGGGAAGUCACGUCAGACACGGUUUUAAGACCCUUCCUGCAAAAGAAGUUUGUCUUGGACUGGUAAAACGCGCAACAUGCAUGUCGGAUUUUUAUUUUUAGGUAAUGUUCUUUUGCGAAUCUAUAUGCAUCUUUUUGUGCCAACACUGCGUAUCAAAAUUCUAUUAUGACCUGGAAACUGUACUCUCUCGUCAAGUUCCCUACAAGCUCGCGAAACUAAUUUGUUCCUCGACUGAAAGUUCUUGUAUGCCAAAUAAAGUUCAGAGAAACCGUUAGAGCAGUGGUCCGAAACUAGAAGUAACUAGAAAGUCCUUCAAAAGUCGUCAGCUGUGAAAUUGUUUUGGAAUUUCGACAACGACUUGCUCAGAGUUUGAGCGAGCCUUCAAUUCGAAUUUUCGGGGAAUCGGGUAUAAACGUGAAGUUAAACCUCGCUCAACUUUUACGUGAAUGUGCGGCCUUUAACACACGAGCCUCUGAUUUACGCAGGUGAAAAUUGCGCGACAGUCACCCUUAGCUAAUAAGCGAGCACAGGAGCCCACACUUAUGGGCUCCUGGCCCGCGUUUUCUUUGCCCAUUCCUAGGAUUCCUUGCGCGCGUUAAUGUAAUCUUAUUCUCCUGUCUGUUUCGUUUUAAAACAAACUGGGCUGAUUUUGUGAUCCUGUGUAAAUAUUCACCAGAUGGAUAGGUUUCUGAUUGGACAAUAUUGAUCAGGAGUAAAAUGUUUCUUUUAAACUGCAGGAAAUACAAAUUCAGAUCCAUUAAGCACGUAGAAAUGAAAGCUGACCCUCAGAAAGGGAAGAGAUAUCUCCUUGAACUUGUUGUUCAGGACCUCACUGAUGGAAAAAUCUAUUUAUUGUCGGAAUAUGUAUUUCUACCGAAUGGAAAAGACGCUUCUUUAUGUUACCCAAGUGGUCUGCAAUGGGACAAGAAAGCGGAUGUCUUCUUAAUACUUACAGCAAAGAACCUGGGUCGAUGGGUUCAUCAUUUUAUAAAGAACGUUGAAAAGAUCGUGCAAGAAACAAAAGAUGACCAUUUACACGUGGUUAUUUAUGACUUUGGAAGCCCCGAUAUUGACAUUGAACAGGCUUUCCAAAGAAGCACCUUGAAGAAUUACCAUUUUAUCAUAAAGCCUGGACGCUAUUCGCGCACAAACUCUUUCAGUGAAGCUAUAAAAUCUAUUAAUAAUUCGGACGCUAUUGUUGUUACCAUCGAUCUUCAUCUUGAUAUUGGAAGUCAGACCAUAAAUGACAUACGUAAGGUAAGCUCUCUGUCAAUAGGGAGGUUAAGCAACGACGUUUAUCAGCGACGCGCGUCAAUAGCAAGUGGACUUUUUGAAAUUUUGGGCCGUGAUUUUGAACAAAUCUUUUAGCAGAUCGUCUCUAUAAGAGUAAAGACACUCAGCAAUACAAAUUAGGUAGCACCCAGGCAUAUUUAAAGGGUAAAGGACUCACUUCCGGUUGACUUGCGUCGUCCAAAAACGUCGUUGCUUAAAACCCCCUUGCCUAGUCCCCGUACAGUGUUUUCCCAGUCCCUAUAUAGUCAAUUCAUUUCGGUGACGUAUCCGAGGCGAACGGGCGGAAAACGCCUAACAUUUUCGCUUAGACCACGUGACCCGAAACGCUUUGGCCGCACGGAAUAAUGAGGCCUAGGAACUAGGCAAAAAACUCCCUAUUAUUAGACCCCGUGCACAUCUAUGCGGUGUAAUUUGGAAACGACGUUUCCAAAUAGAAUUCAAUAGAAAAUGAAUGGAAGUCAGACCAAUGAAUUCAAUAGAGAAUGCGCAAUUUGCUUUGGUUUCUCUAAAUGAUCUUGUGGCCUAAUGACGUCAACUGAGUGGGUCAAGAAACGAAAUUGAAAAAACAACAGAGACAUCUUCUCCCUCCUGCAAUCUCGACCCCAGAGCUUUUCUGUGCCGUUUUAACCGCUGCCGAGUCAGAAGCGUAAGCACUGGGAUCGAGAAUACCCCGUUCCUGCUGUCCUCAAAAGCCUGGUUUUUAGUGACCAAAAAUGCCGUUAAAAAUUCGAAAUCAGGAUACAUUUGAUAUCCCCCACUCCUCACUAUUCUUUCGCUUUCGCAUAUUAAUUGACUUCUUUUUCAUUUCAGCACUGUUCCAAAGGAAAGACAGUUUACGCUCCUCAAAUCGUCUUCUUGCAUUGUGGUGGCAGUAGCAAUAUGCCCAGAGGAGUCUGGUAUCACUAUAGUUAUGGCACCAUAGCAAUGUACAAAAGGGACUGGGAAACCUUCGGGGGAUUUUCACAAGGUUUCUUUAACAAAGUCACGUGGGGCGGCGAGGACUGGGAUAUCAUUGACGGUGCAGUUAAGGGUGGACUGGAAAUAGAACGCAAGCGGGCGCCAUGGAUUUACCAUUACCAUCACACGAAAGAUGGAAUGUGGCAAAAACGUUAG